ACCAAUGAACGAUACUUAACUGGGCCGAUACAACUCUACAAUCAAUCCAUAAACAAAAAAAAUUUUGUGUAUAAACUUUAAAUAGACGCGGAAGUAAAUAAAACAAUAAAUGCGAAGUUCUUAACAUUAGCCAAUUACAAAUUGUCAACUUGCUCUGGAUUAUGGAAUAUUAGGGUCCUGUAAAUCGAUAAGAAAGAAAACCAACAACGCAUUUAAUCAAUGUUCUCCAACGGGCUGCCGUGCAACCUGUCUUUUCCGAGCUGCCUAAGUGUCCCGAAAGAUGGUAAUGAGGAGCUCUUGCCAUCCAAUAUGGGCACAAGAGAACCAGUUAUUCUUAACGUAUAUGACAUGUACUGGAUUAACGAGUAUACCACAUCGAUUGGUCUUGGCGUAUUCCAUUCCGGCGUAGAAGCAUUUGGCACGGAGUUUGCGUAUGGUGGCCAUCCAUUUCCGUUUACUGGUGUUUUUGAAAUAUCUCCACGCGACCACGACGAGCUGGGUGAACAGUUUCAAUUCCGACAGAGCAUACAAAUCGGCUGUACCGACUUUACUUAUGAGGAAGUUCGUCGCCUUGUCGAGGAAUUGGGCAAUCAAUUUCGUGGAGAUCGUUAUCAUCUUAUGAACAAUAAUUGUAACCACUUUUCGGGCAACUUGACACAGAUACUUUGCGGCCAAGAAAUACCCAGUUGGGUUAACCGUCUUGCACAUUUCAGCUCCUGUGUGCCAUUUUUACAAAGAUGCCUACCAAAAGAGUGGCUAACACCGAAUGCCUUGCAGCAAAGUAUAACUACAAUCCAAGAGCGCGAAGACUCGGACAAUAGUCCCCUUUGAGACAUUACCUGAUCUUAAAAUAUUCGUAACUUGCAAAGUCCCAAGCGAGCAUAACUCAUCCCUGCUGUCUUAAGACCAACAAUAUUGUUAAGUUAAAUUGAGGAAAGCCGGGUUAUCUAUCGACACUCAUUUCAUUAAAGCCAAGAACUAAAUUUCCAAUAGAUUGCAAAAGUAAUAAUGUUAAUAGGUUUAUAUUAGGCUACAUUAAAAGCGAAUACAUUAUUGGCUAUUGUAA